GCGGUGACGUCAGGGAGGCGCGUCCGCGGCUCGGGACGCUGGUCGGAGCAUGGGGGCCGCCCGGGAAGUGGAGCCGCCGCCGGCGCAGGACGAGGAGCCCGAGGACGACGAGGAGGAGGAGGCGGCGGGGGUCGACGGGGAGCCGGGGGCGGCGAGCCCCUGGAACAUCAUGAUCAAGCACCGGCUGGUGCAGCGGCGCGGGCGGCGAUCCCAGAUGAUGACCAGCUUCACAGAUCCUGUGGUCUCCAUGGACCUGCUGCGCGCCGUCCUGCAGCCCAGCAUCAACGAGGAGAUCCAGGCGGUCUUCGGCAAGUACAUGAAGUUUUUCCAAAAGGCGGCAGGGAACGUGCGCGAGAAUGUCGGGGAGGACGUGGACACAGAGCAACUCAUCCAGGAGACGUGCCGCAGCUGCCUGGAGCAGGCCAAGCUUCUCUUCUGCGAUGGGAAGAGGCCGGUUGCCAGAGUUGUCCACGAAGCGCCAGCCAUCAAGCGGGCAAAGCCCCUGGAAGACGAAGGGAGCCAGCAGGGGAGCCCCAUCCCCAAGAAGAGGAAGGGGAGACCGCCAGGACAGAGCCAGCCAGGCGACCGCGGUGCUUCAGGGGUCAGCGUGGGGAAGAGCAAGUCCUGUGAGCCGGUGCAGAGGGACGGUCCGAAGUGGGACCCCCUGCGCCUGACGGAGACCACCAGCUUCGUUCUUGGCUCAAGAGCAAACAAGGCCCUCGGGAUGGGGGGCACCAGAGGCAGGCUCUACAUCAAGCACCCCCACUUGUUUAAGGUCAGUGUGGUUUCUUUCCUGGGGGGGGCCUACAAAAAACGCCUCCAUGAAUCCUACCAAAAACAUAUGAAGAGCCAGGAUACCUGA